CAACAACUUCAUCAGUGUCGCUAAAGCAUUAACACUACCACCAGAAACUUUCAAGAGAAUCAUCUACAAUGGCAGUCGAUCAGCAACAUGAGUACAACGGCCAACUUGUGCCUUUUGAGGCUGAGCAGACUGUUCGCAGGCCUAUAACUAGUGAUGACAUCGGCAUGAAAUGUCUUUUCACCCCAGACCCUACAGCUUUCACUGAGGUUAUCGAUAUAAUUGCGAUUCACGGCAUUGCUGCCCACCCCGAUGAGACCUGGUGCAAGGGCGGCGUCAACUGGCUUAGUGAUGAGAGCAUGCUGCGCUCGGCAGUGCCAAACGCUCGAAUACUACGAUACGGAUAUCAGUCAACUUGGUAUGGAACUAGUCAGGAAGUAAUCUCUACGAACACGUCGAGGGUCGCAGCUCGAUUCUUGUCGGCCUUGACCGUGUUGCAGAAGGAAGUUCCAUAUCGACCUAUUAUACUUAUAGCACACUGUUUCGGUGGUUUGGUAGCUCUGAAGGCACUCCUCAGUGCAAGAGAUGACAACGGUAGCAAUGGUUUGCCGAGGUGGGGUCGUAUUUUUGACUCUAUUACUGGGAUUAUAUUCCUAGGUACGCCUUUUAGAGGUUCAGACAUGAAGAUAAAUGAGAUGCUCAACUUUGUGAGGAGCGAACAGAAGGUAGUACAGGGCGAAGUCCUCAGGGUGCUUCAAGGAGACGAUGAAUAUCUCAAAGAUCUAGUAGAUCGAUUUGGGAUGACGCGGAGACUACCAAACAGCGCCAAAGUUACCUGUUUCUACGAGAUGAAACAAAGUAAUGUUGGAGCUAUCGUGCGCGACCCCAACGAACAAAUGAAAAUUGUCGUGAAUGAGAGUUCUGGCUGUCUCGAUUCAACGGAAAAAUACUCCCUCAAUCGAGAUCAUUUUGAAAUGAACAAGUUCGAUAAGUUCGACGAUGAAGAUUUUAGUUUUGUGUGCAACGAGGUCACAGACAUGAUGAAAAGAGCGCCAGGGAUAUUCCUAGCCCGUCGUCGCAGUAAAAAGCCCCAAGAUCGGGGGUUUACACACCCUGGCAAGCUACCAGACGGGGCAAAAUACUUCAAGGAAGCCCAUCCCGAAAGGUUUUUCUGGCAGUAUCUGACUUCAGCUUCCCAUGGGUUAUACGAAGCAAUAUACAAUGCAUGCGUGUUCGAAGGUGGAAACGGUGGCGAGAAUAUCGAUUUCUUUUCGUUUCUCCUCGAGCUAGAACGCUUCGGAGUCAAAAGUGAACAAAUAAUAGAGCUCUGGACAAGCCUUCCCUAUACCAAAGAACCCCCCCUUCAACCAUUACACUCAAAAGGAUAUACAAUGGCUAUACUAUACAUGGUCCAUAUGAAGAUUUGCGAGGAAAGACGGCCCGAUGACUUAAGAGGGGGACCUGAGAGGGAAAAGCGCCUCCGACUUCUACAAAACUACGCAAUCUGGGUACCAUGUCUAUGCAAAGGCCAAUGUGGUUUAGAAUGGACUUUUGCAAAUGAUGAGAGUUUAUCUGUAGGUAAGGGAAGUGCGCGUUGUGAGAUACGUAUAGGGGGCGAUAAUGGUGACAAGGCCUUCGCAGCGACCAAAGAGAGCUGGGAAUCUCGCUAGGGACUGUUACUUGGGGUUUCUUAUAACCCCGCAUGGCGCUCAAGUUACCACUAAGGGGGGGGUGUUUGUGGAGUUUAGCCGGCGGUGCUGCUGAUGAUCGUUCCCCAGCGAUUAGUUAUGGCAAACGAG